ACGUUAUACCCGUGUUGUCUCCUAGCUCUACUAACUGCAGUCCUGCACGGUGACAUUUCCGAGAACCAUGGCAGCACUGACUGUGUUCAAAGUCGGGUACAUGUCGAGGUAACCAGGGUAACGCCACAGAGUAGUAGCAUGUAGCUAAACGUCAGCACUAAGCUAGCCAGAUAACCGUUCCGCCAGUGUUUCCUCCGGCUGCGACUUUGUGUCGUUUGUUCUUUAGUUCCUCUCUUUCGACUCCUGAAACCAACAUUAAUUAACAUUUUGGUCAUUUCCACGACAUCUGCAUCAUUAACCGUCACUUCAGGCCGUUAGUGUUGAUGCAGCACCGCGUGAGUUAGGAUCGCAUUUCAGUGACGUCGCCCUGGGAUUAUCCAAUUAGAUCGCUGAACGCAAAGGACCGUUGAUGACGGUAUUACAGUUUUUCUCCCCCCCUCUGGUGGUCCACCAUUUUGGGAGUCAAAACACAAAUAGCAGCGCACACCUCCACGCUUCUCCGUGGCCUUACUAUGGUUCACACAUGUGUGGUGGCAGGCUGUAGGAACAGAAGGACACCCGGCACCACCCUAUCUUUCUACCGUUUCCCCCGGGACCCCGAGAGGAAGCAGCGCUGGAUAGCUGCUGUGAACCGAGAGGGCUGGGUGCCCAACGACGGCAGUCGGCUGUGUAGUACUCACUUCAUCUCAGGUAAACAGGUGAAGAAUCCGCGUUCGCCGGAUUAUGUUCCUUCUGUGUUCACGACAGCUCCCUUAUCCCCGGAGAUGAAAGAGACAGGUGCCUUGGAGAUCCUGGACAAGCAGGAAGCACGCGUGGAGGCGGCCAACGCCUUGUUGUUCCUGCAGGGCCAGGGCAGGUCUGUAGUGGGGGAGCGGGGCCAGGUUGAGCAUACUGAGGAGAGGGAGCAGGAGGCCGUUGUGGAGGAAAGUGCGUCCUCUUCCCUCAGCACUGAUGAAGACGAUGGCGAGGAUGAUGAGUCUAUGAGUGACAGCAAGAAAGGAAGGUUCGCUCAGACUUCUGAUGCACAGGUGAACUUUGACGACAUCCUGAAGGCCCUGAAGAAGGAGAACCAGACCCUCAGGGAGUCUGUGGAGAAAAUGUCCCUCUCUGAGAGCUCUUUGAGGAACGAUGCAGAGAAAGUCAAGUUUUACACAGGUUUACCCAACUACUUUGUCCUAGAGACGGUCAUGUGGCUGCUGGCACCUCACAUGGACGGGAUGAAAAACAUGAAGCUCUCAAAGUUCCAGCAAUUGCUGCUGACACUGAUGCGACUCCGCCUGGACCUCCGCAACCAAGACCUAGCCUACCGCUUUGGUGUGAAAGUCGGCACGGUGACCAGGACCGUGCACCAGAUGGUCAGCAUCAUGUCCUCCACUCUGGUGCCGACGGCCGUCUUCUGGCCUUCUAGAGCCGAGCUCCGGAAAAACCUGCCGGCCGCUCUGCGCACCUCCCACCCUGACUGCGCUGUCAUUAUAGACUGCUUCACGGUGCCUUUUGAGGAGCCGGUUUCCCGGGGCAACCAGCAGCAACAGCAGAGGGUGGUGCAAAGCUCUCACGGGCUGGGGACAAGUUACAAUGUGUUAAAGUAUCUGAUUGGUGUUGCUCCUCAAGGCGUUGUCACCUUCGUCUCCAGGGGCGUGCUGGGAAACGUCAGUGACAAAAGCCUGGCUGAGGGCUGCGGCCUUCUGUGCAAGCUUCUCCCAGGUGAUGUCGUACUGGCGAGUCGCGACCUCGACAUUGCCGAUUCUGUGGCUGCUCGCGGAGCCCUGUUUAAGAUUGCUGGCAGCUACCAGGGAGAGGCAUACGGGAGCUCAGAAGGCUCGCUACAGGCUGAUGCUUCCUCCGAGACAGUGAGUGUGCAGAGGCAUGUGGACAGGGUGAUCUCCAUGGUGAAGCAAAGGUACGCCAUGCUCACAGGCCCUGUCGAGAGCCCCUUCACCACAGCCUCUGAGCGCACGUCGAACCUCUCAACCUUUGAUAAGAUUGUGCAAGUUGCCUGUGCCUUAAACAACCUGUGCAUCUCUGCUGCUCCACUAGAGUGAUUCGUACAGAAAUGCCUAGUGCUCCUCAAUGCUGGUCAGGCACUUAAGUUCCCUUUACUGCUUUGGACCUUAUUCCAUGUUCUCCCACCACAUCCCUGCGUCAACACUACACCGUGACUACCGAACUUAUACUUUAUACUCACCCACUUUAAUUUACACCUCCAGUGUAUGUGUUUCCCUGUUAUCUAGGUCGGUCUGUACUUGGAGAUGAGAGCACGUCUCCCAAAUCCAGAAGCCACAUUGCUAAGAUGUGAUGUCAUUAAGUUAUGCAACUGACAAAGAAUGGCAGGCUUGCAAAGGAUGUUAUUUUUUUUGUAUUUAGGCUUUGAAUGACAACCAUGCGAGUAAAAUGUACCUUCGUUAGCCUUUUGUAAAUACUGAGGUAUAUAAACUGUAGUUUGGGUGGUGCAGGCAAUGUUCCCACUAAUCCUGUGCCAUGCUAGAGUCUGCAAGUUUUUUUUUUCAUCCCCAACAAUUACUACAGCAGCUGACUUCACUGAUUACUCCCUCUCUCUGCUGCAGAAGGGGGUUUGUUGGUUAAACCAGCUGUUUUGUUGCCUUUCCCUGCUUAUAAAUCAAGAACAGUACACACAAUUCAAAGAUAUAUAAAACCGGUUAAAGAACAGCAUGAACAGUACAGCAGCUCAUAGAGAAGAGUCUCUCCUACUUGAUCCACCAUGCAGGGACUGACACAUGUCAUGGUUAACGAGGGUUUUGAGGGAUUACUGGGUGUAC